UGGAAUGUCCUGCCAUGUAAUAUGUCAUCACAUGAAUUCUCAUGGAUUCACUUUCCAAAUGCCUUCACACAGAUUGCAAAGAAAAUUAGAACUCUACGUUCCCAUAACGAAUUUGGUUCAGUCCUUUCUUGCUUUAAUGGGGUUUCCUUCCUGUUUCUGACUCCUAAGAUUUCACUCUCUUACCAACGGUGGCGUCUUCUCAGCUGUAUCACCUUCAAUUUCAGUCUUUGGACAACCCAUCGGUUUCGACUUGAACCCUUCAUUUUCUUGAUUUUAAAUGAGAGAGUAUGGAUUUAUGGGUUGUGGCAGCAGCUGCUGGCGCCAGUUAUGCCGCGAAGCAUUGGCGCCACAUUUCGUCUCGGUGCAGGGAAGAGUCUUCGUCUGAGCCCUUUGGUAAUGACUUUAAGUUCAGACAAGCCAAAUUGAAGAGCUUUCUACAGCAAAUCAGGGAGUCUCCUUUGCACAGAUUGGUUCUUGCACAAGUAGGUGACCACGAUGCUUUUGGGGACAAUUUUUGGGAAUUUGACCAUUCUAACGGCAAUCAUGAAGAGAGAAAGAGGCCUGCAAGUUUGGGUAGCCAUCCUAAUCAUGACGUACUUUCGCUGGUUAGUUACCAGCCAAGCUUACUUGAAUGUGAGAGUCCCCAUGAAUUCGGAGUGGUUGUCCAAGGACAUAGAGAGUCUGGUGACGAGUCUUUUCAGGGUUCAAGAGCUAAUAAAAGCAGUAGAUUCAGUGGGAGCAGGCAAUUUAGGAUUUCUGUGUCUGAUGAAAUAGCACUCAAGCCUGUCGAUUCACUUGGGAAUUUCAUCGAUAUUGAUACUCAGUUGUAUAGCGAAUAUGUUAGAACCAAGAGGAGUGAGCAUGACACACUCAUGUCGCCCUCUAAAUCUGCAGUGAGGCCUCUGCUGGUUACUGAUGGGAGCCGAAUAAUCAUAAGCAGGACCAGCAGCGGUUUCCAUGUCGAGAGCAAAAAUGGGAGAAAGAUGCAUCGAGAAGAAAGCGAAUUGGAUCAGGAAGAGACACUUUUAAGACAUUUGGAGCUUCCCGAGAUUGAAUCCCGAGAGUCGUCAAGAAGACAGAAGCUAAGUACAGGUAAGAGAAAUUCUACAAGGUCAAUCAUUUCUAGCGCAAGCGCAUUUGCCGGUUCAUUGCAAUCACAAGGGUUGUACAAUCGAAUGCUGCUUUUCUUUGUCGGCUUAACAAUUGGCGUGACGACCAGUGUAGUGGCAAACAAGAGGGAAGUGGAUCUGUUAGAUGAGAGGUUGAGGCAAGCACAAAGCCUAGUUCAGGAUCUGCAUGAGGAGCUUGAAAUGAAGGACCUGUUAACUGUGAAGGAGAUCGACACUGAUGGUCCAAGAAUCCCCGAAGACGGUGCUCACCCUUUUCUCAAUGGGACAACGACCGCAUCUUCCCCUGUCUAUGAAAUGGAUAAUUCCUCAAAGAGUCUUACGAGAGAGCCGAAUGACGGUGCAGCGGAGAAGUCUGAUGCCAUGAGAGAAAUCGAGGCAGAGCUUGAAGCUGAACUAGAGAGGUUGGAGCUGAACAUGAAGCUGACUAGCGUGAAGAACACGUCAGAUUUCGUUGAGGGAGAUCUAAGACCAGAAGAAGUCGAUUCCCAGCUAGAAGGUACAUCAAAAUCCGACCACGAUGUCCGUGAGAGUUCAGACGGUCGAGCUUGUUCACCAAAUUAUGCAGUAUCACCUCAAGAGCUGAGUUUUCGUCUUCAUGAAUUAAUCGAGUCAAGGCUUGAGGAACGCAUUGCUGAACUUGAGGCAGCCCUCGAAGCUAGCCAGAAGAAGUUGCGAUUCCUACUACUCGAGAAUGAAAACCGUCAAAGAGAUUCAAUUGGUGCUAUUGCAUCAACAUCAUCUGACCAAUAGAACCCGACCUUACCCGAUGAAACUUGCGAGACAGACAGACCCUUGGUUGCAGAUUUGGUGGGGGCAUCUCUGGGUGCAUAUAAGGAGGCCCGAGAAGAGAUUAUUGGGAUAAGUGAAUUAGAUGGAGCAGAUCAAACAGAAAGUAGAUACAGAAUUGAGCAUAAAGAGAUGGAAUCGCAUUCUCUUCAGGAAGACGACCAAAUCAACUGGAGGGAUAAUUUAAGCACAAAUAAGGCCGACGAAGGAAGAUAUUCAGAUACUCUGCUUCAUGAAAAUGAUAAAACCAGUAUGGAAUGGACACCAAGGAGCUGGGGAUCAAGUUAGAUGAGUGCAGAGACAUGUAAGACAUAGUUCCUUAAACAAGCUUCCGGUACUUGCAAGGUAGGGUAUUGAGGAUAUAACCAGAAUCGCACUUUCUUGAUAGUGCAAAUACCCAAAGUGAAACGAAGAUAAAUGUCCUCACAUAUUGCUCAACUCUAGACUAGGGUAGUGACAAUAUCUGUAAUGAAAGUCGAAUGUCAAUGGCAUAUGUGGAUCAGAGGACCUAUUCUAUCGAGAAAUUGAUAUCACUCAACAA